UGGGGCUGAGGCAGAAGAAGAAACAACACGGCAAAUAUCGCCGCUCAAACUUUUCACAUUCGACACUCGCCGCUCAGUAUAUUGGCGCACACUGAGUGGUACGGACACCCCGAGAUCAUCCGCACAGAGUUUAUCAUCUGAUCACACAGGAUUAUCACCAGUGCAAAAGAACAGUGAGGUGGCCGGACAGUGAAAAUUUGUGUAUUAUGAAGAAUUUUGUUUUAUAUCGCGCGCCAAUCGUCACAAGGACACCGCCAAGUUUGAGCAAACAGCCGAAAUUUACACAAGGUGCGAAAAAUUGAACGGUUUACAGGCUUCGCCGCUAAAUUGGAUUGUCGAGAAGAGCAAAUAAUCGACAAUUUGUCAGCCGGACUUGGACAUUUUGACUCAAAUGAGUCACAGCGAUUGAAGUUUUCCCGUGAAAUGAGCGAAAAGUGGAAAAUAUUUGCGAGAUAGAGAGCAAUUGAACUCGCAACCAGUGUUGCCUUAUCGAGAGAUUUGAGGAGAAUUAUUGUGUUUAUGUAGAAGAGAAGUUUAUAUAUUGUUCGUGUCUAUUUUUUACACCUCUUCCAUGAUAUUAUCAAUUUAAUGUGUCUGCUUUAAUAUUUUAUUUUCUGUGAAUGAGAACAGCUUUUUUGGAGCGCCAAAAAAACAUACAAAAAGCUAGUGACAGUGAAAUAUUAAUUCAAUCAAGAGAGAGAGAGAAACUCUACCCAGAACGUUGUUUUUUACCACUUUUUGCAUCAACAAUAUAUCGUGAUAUCAUUUGAAAGUAUUUUACUACUUCCAAUUCUAUCUUAAAUGUUUCUGUGAAGUGAAAAAGUUUGGAACCAAGAACUGUGAUUUUAAAAGACAUUCAGCCUGAUUUGUGCAAACAAGAAGCAUUCUGCUUGAGAAAUUAUCACUUGUGCGUGCCCUGGAGAAGAUCAACAUGUUCGACCUGAAUGUGGGAUUGGCAGGAGCUCCACUCCUUGGAGUCGACGGGAGUGGCGUGUGCACAACGCCGAGAACGCCAGAGAUUCUCAACUCACUCAUUGACAUCACGAACCCUCUCGAGUAUUCAUAUUCUUCGGCACGUCCAUCGCAGGUGUCGAAUGUUGAUAGUUGCUGCUCGGACUCAACACUUGACUCUCCGGCCGGACAAACAACGCCUCCGAGUGUACAAAAGACGUGCUCACUUCUCAUAAAGGCCGGUCUCAAGUUGUCGAUCCAGAGCAAGAGGAAGAUGAGUGGCGGCAGUGGCGGAGACUCCAGUGGCGGGGAGCCCAGCGGAAAGCUGGCGAAGAAGGAGGAGAACACCAGCGAUGAGGACGGCGAGGAGAAGUCUCUGGCAAAGAGCGGGUCUCCCCAAAAGCAGUUGACGCCAGAGGAUGAGGAUCGCCGUCGGCGGCGAAGGGAGAGGAACAAGAUUGCCGCCACCAAGUGUCGCAUGAAGAAGCGCGAGAGGACACUGAAUCUCGUAUCGGAGUCUGAGGCGCUAGAGCAGCAGAACAUCGAGCUGAAGACGCAGGAACGGGCGCUGGAGACGCAGAAACGGAAGCUUCUCGAGGCCCUGCAGUCGCACAGCUCCCAGUGUAUCCGUCCGGGUGGCUACUCGCCGCCAACCACGUGCUACCAGAGCCAGUGCAAGUACGGAGCCAACUGUCGGCUAAUGAAGGGCGACGCCACGCAGGGAUUGGAGAUCGACACCAGCUCCUACUGUAAGUCCGUCACCAGUGAUUCCACGUAUGGCAGCCCAGAGAGUGGGUGCAACGCCCUCAAGUCCCCAGUGGAGAUGGAUCUCGCGGCGUACCACUCGCCGGGCAUGAAGAACGAGUACAUUCCCAACUGCGACGGCGAGGACGCGGGCGUCCUGGGCUGCUCGCAAUUCAUGCUCAAGACAGAACUCACAGACUCCAGUCCGUACACGUCAGUCCAGAGCGCCGAUCGCUUCUUGUUCGAGAACACGGACAAUUUCGACGCCGAUCGCGUGCCAGACAUCAUUCGGGACAACAACAAUGACUACACGGGAAGUUGUGGUACCUUCGUGGAGAACACGCUCCUCAAGGCGGACUUCCUCAGCGCCACGUCCGAAUUUAUCAAUCUGGCCGACGGCACGGAGACCCAAUUCACCGAUCUCGACAGUGGCAUCACCACGUACACGUCACUACCGCCCAAUUCCGGCGGAAGCUGCUAAAUGCAGACCUAACCAUAUUCUUGCAGCCAUAUGUAUUUCUCAAGUUUCGUAUACUAAGAAUGUCUUAUUUCUUUAACAUUCCUCUUAAAUAUUCUUUUCAAUUGAUGAGAAAAUAAGUUGCACGCUGCCGGAAGGGAAGGGGAGUCGAGAAGUCACAAUGCCAUCGGAAUGUCAAGCGACAAUCUGAUAGAAUUUUGUAAGACAAUCCCGUGUGCUCUUUCGGGAAUGUUAUUUUCUGUUCCUAUUUUUCCGCACUGGGAUCACAAUUCAAGGCGAAGUCCAGUGAUUACUUAUCAAUCAUCUAAAGUAGCCCGAGACAAUUACAUUCUAAGGUCGCGUGCCGAGAGUAAGUCCUGUCUUCUCUGGCCCACUUUGCCGCCGAUGAGACACUCUCAGUGAAUAAUGUUCUUAUCGCGAAUUUACUAUAACAUUUAUGAUGAGUUUUCUUGCAAUAAAAAUAACACCUUUUAUGUCAUCUUAUCUGCCGCACUCUUUAUCAGCGUAACAACUUUCCACCGCCAUAGUUGUGCUAGAGUGUCAGAAAAUAUUAAUUUACCCGGCAGAUGUGCUGUAUUAAUGAGAUUUUCCGGAGUACAAAACAAUGGGACACACGCUAAAUAUCUCUAGAGUUUUUUCCAUCACAAUUUAAUUCAAUUAUAAUGAUUUUUUGCUCUUGAGCUCUGCGUAUUGGAGAGAAAUGAAAAGAUUUCUUGUGAGGGAGGGCAGAAAAUUACUUUAUAAUGAAAUACUUGACAAAUUGCUUAGCCUGUGAAUUAUUUUGCUCUAUGGCGAGAACCUUGAAAUGUCUCCGGAUUGGAUUUGAAUUGAGAAAAAGCGCGAAAAAAGUGCUGAGAUAUUCACAAUUAAGCUCCGCACACAUGUGAUUUUAAUGGGGAACGCAUCGAAUCUUGACAUUUUAGACUAAAGGGUCAGCGAACAUUUGAAUUUUUUGAGUCUAUUAUGUAAAUUUUCAAAGCUUCUUAGCGCGCGCUUCUCUGUGACCUCUAAUUUUUACUUCAAUAACAAUUGGACAGGUAUUUUCUUCACUCCACCCUUGUCGGGAGCGUGCAAAACGCGGGAGACUUCUCAAAGAGUUCAUGACUUCAUUGACGUGCAAUUUGAUGGGGAAAAAAUCAUUUGGACACAUUAAUCAAAGCUGUUAUCAGUGGAAGAAUGUUCAAGAACACUUAUUUCUCUCUUUUUUUAACGUCCAAAUAUAAAAAAAGCCACUAACGUCUUCUUGUCUUGCGUUACUGAUUAUGUAUAACAUGAGUUCAAAGUAUAUUUUUUGCAAAGUCAGAAGAGUGAAAAGACAUCAUGACGAUUUCAUAACAAAAGGGGGCAAAUGAUUAAUGCAUUCCUAUUUCUGAUAAAUAGGUUAUCAUGCAGUUACGGGUAGAGUUUUCAUCUGGAAGAGAGUUGCUUAAAAAAAGUCUAGUAUUACAUCGCGUGUACACUCAUUCAAUUCCAAAUGCGUUGCUUUAUUGAGUCAGACACUCUCAAUAUUCAUGACAUCACAACAGGAGAAUUGAGGACUUCUUUUGAAGUUCAUCCCGAUAGACUGCAGAAAGUGAUCUUGAAAGCCAAUAAGAAAAACAAUCAAUACGGAUAAAAACAUGGUAAUUAUUCAUUAAUCACUGGGUUGAUUACAAUUUAACUUCGCAUUUUGAAUGAAAAAUGAGUGUUUCGCGAUAUUCUUUUGGAUGAUUGUGAGACACAAAAGAGCAAAAAUGACGCUACAAUAUUCAUAAAUUAGGAUGCAUUUUACGUAACUUUUGCAGCACUUUUGGGGCGAUUGUUGGAUGAAAUUAGAUUUUAAAAUUGAAUGAAAACAAAUCAAAUCACGC